ACGUCGUUUUCAGGCAUUGGCAUCAACAAUGAAGCAACGAUUUAACAAUUGACAAGUAGAUGGGUUAUGGUUUAUUUAUAGACGUGGUGUGCGUUGUUGUGUUAUUCAAGUAAGUGAAGUGAAGAGUACGAAGAGUUGUGGUCGUUUUGACAUGGCAGCGUCGUCUUCAGAGAAGCAAGCGGUGGUGAUAGGCAUAGACGACAGCGAGCAGAGCAGGUACGCCCUGACUUGGGCUCUGGAUCACUUCUUUCCGAGCCCAAUCUUCAAGGUGGUUCUCGUUCACUCGAGGCCCACCGCUAGCUCUGCCGUGGGCCUCGCCGGGCCUGCGUGUGCAGGAGCCGCUGAGGUCUUGCCUAUUGUAGAUUCUGAUUUGAGAAAGAUUGCCGCAAGAGUUGUCGAAACCGCUAAACAAAUUUGCGUUAGCAAAUUGGUAGAUGAUGUGGUAGCGGAAGUGGUGGAAGGUGAUCCUAGAAAUGUUCUUUGUGAUGCUGUGGAAAAGCAUCAUGCUGCAAUGUUGGUUGUGGGAAGUCAUGGUUAUGGGGCUAUAAAAAGGGCGGUUUUAGGUAGUGUGAGUGACUAUUGCGCUCAUCAUGCUCACUGCACUGUGAUGAUCGUGAAAAAACCAAAAAGCAAACACUGAUAUGCAUUGGCUGCGUUUAUAUAGUACAGCAAUAAACGUAAUCCUUUCAGCCAAAGAAAAAGAAAUAAUGUUUACAGAAAUUCACAGUUAUGCUUGUUCUAUUGCUAAUAUGAUAUGUUGUCCUUAUGGUUUUAUACAUUAAAGGUACAAUUUAUUUAUUUUUAAUGAUGGAACCAUAAAAAAAUAUGUAUGUAUUGGAUUAAAAAACCUUAAUACAUGUGGAGCAUUAAUCAGCUGGGACCA